UCACCACCUGUUCAAGUUCAAUUACGAUCACCAUGGCCCAGUCCACCGCUCGUUUUGGAGAUCUUGGAAGCUGUUCACGAAGAAAACGGAGAUGCAUUCUUUGAUUUGAUCAAUCAUUUAUUGAAUCCUUGGGUUUUGAACGUCAAUCCCAGAAAUCAUGAAGGCGACUACGAACCGAUAUCCUUGAUUGAUGCAACGGACGAAGAUGUCUUUCGACGUGCUCAAAAUGUUAUUAGCCAACAUCAUAUGCUCCCAACUCUCGCACAAGAGCUCAAUUGGAAUACUUCACUAGCUCUAAGAACACAAGUGCCAAAGAUUUCAGCAUUUUGGCAACUGUAUCAAACAAGUGGUGUUCUCGAUAGACAUGCAAGCAGACAAAAGUCCGAAGAGGAAUGUGGAAGUUGGGUAGACUUUGAGGGAAAGGUGAUUUGUACCGAUGCCGAACUGAUAGAAGCAUUUGAAGCUUUCACCGGUCACAAGAAUGAUUUUCAGCCAUUUCCGCCCAUCACUGCCUCCGAUCAUGUCCUCAAGACCGGAUCAAAGUCUGGCCCUAUAGCAAUAUUGUAUGCGGAUCCAUACACGAGCAACUUUUGGCCAUUACACCAUCGUUUGACAGAAUAUACUCUCGGCUCCAGACCAGACCAUGCUCCUCUGCAGUAUAUCUUGCGAUGGAAGCCUUCGAAGCAUUUGGGAGAUGAAACUCUUCCAGGCUACGGGGCUUACUUGGAUCUCAAAAAGGUCGACUAUCUCGUGAUCGAUGAUCGUAAAUUGGUCGAAGCAGAUGGGCGUACCACAGAGUCGCACACUGUUCCGGAAGAUGCUUUGCAAUCUGCCGAUGUUCAAGAUCGUGAUUGGCUCAACAAGCAACUUCAUGCCACUGCAGAUGAUCAAACCCAGAGUAUGGGUAACUUGUCAAAGGAAGAGAUCAGCUCAAUAGGCUUUAAAGCAGCAUACAACAUCAUGAAGAGCUCGGAUCCACUAAGAGCACUCCAUCAACUCUCGCAAGACUUUCCUUCGCACGCUGUCGCCUUAGCAAGAAGCGCAGAUGCGCCCAAAUCUGAAUUUUUAGAAGAGAUGGAGAUGCUCCAUAUGACACGCAUCGAAGCAGGAGGAGAAGAUGUCUGGAUGAACGGCAGAUCAAUGAGUGGAAAGGAAUUCCAAGCCUUCGGCUUGCUUGCAGCCAUGCGCAAUGAACGUACACUCAUGCAAUCUUUCACCUUGCUCAAUCUUUCCAAUCAACAAGCCUUCGAGCUUCUAACAUCGGCGGAAGUCUCAAGCGCUUAUACUACUGAUGAUUCUGCCCCUCCUCCUUUCUUCGAUGCAAGUGAUCGAAUCGAGAGAAAAGACGGUGACAAUGAUACAGUCGGCGCAAUUAGCUACUGGAAUGACUUGGAAGAUCUGGAUGAUCAACGGUAUGGAUUCUGGCCUGUAGAAUUGGCAUCUCUGUUGAGACCGAUGUACCCAGGAAGCUUCCCACAGAUCAGGCGGAAUGUCUUCAACGUUAUCCUCGCACUUGAUUUGCGUCAGGUAGAUGCGGUGAAGUUCCUCUCCGAGACUGUUCAAAUGGCCAGUAGCAAGGUUGCUAUUCGAUGGGGUAUCGUUCCAUUUCUCUCGUCAAGUCCAGAAUCUUCGCAGCUUGCCGAUUUGUUUUGGCUUGCUCUAGAGCAACUCGGACCCACUGAUACGGCCAAAUAUCUUCGCAGGGUUGCGUUUGCCGCUCAACAAAUUCAAAGCGAUAAAGUCAAUGUCAGACGUGCUGGAGAAGAAUUGGAUAAAAUGCUUCAUACGACAUCGACUGAGCGGGAAGAGCUACUUAAAUCAACAGAAUCGAUUUCCCUUAAGCGACAAAAAGCGGCAAAGUGGACGAAGAGAUUACGUGCAGAUGAAACUGCUACCGGAACAGUAUUUGUUAAUGGUCAAUUGAUGCCAUUCCAUCCUCAGCUUUUACAAAUAUUACAUCAAGUGGUUGCCAUUCAACUGCAAUCAUUGGCAAAGUUGAUCUAUUAUGGUGAAAUCAAUGAUGAAGAGACUGAUGUGUCAACAUUCUUCUAUGACUUGCCGACAACUCACACGGCGCGAAGCAUUCUUCUCUUUCCACCUGAGGAAGGUCCAAUCAAGACAAAAGCAAUCGAAUUGACAGGAGAGAUUGGUGUGGUGUGUCGUAACGCACUUUCUACCGGCCCAGAAGCGUCCUCUUUGGCUGUCUGGCAGGUUGGGGAUGUUGAAUCAGAGAGAGGAAAGAAGCUUUUUGACAUCCUUUCCACUUUGAGUGAAACACAAGAAUUUCGACUUGGGUCAUUGUCUUUGUCGUCAUUUGGCCUGGGGCAGAAUGAUGGCACAUUUGGCAUUUUGAUCAAUGGCAGGCUCUUGUACAAUCUUGAUCCAAGCGAGUUCACACAAACAGACUUUGAAGCUUUGAUCAAGCAAGAAAAAGCAAAAGUAGACAGCAUCCCGAGCGAAGGGCAAGAUCCUUGGCAGACGGUCGCAGUCUCUUCGAUUGUUCACUCAGCCAACUUUGUGGAAAAGAGUAAGCAAGGUUUCUUUGUCUCUUCUUCCACAGCACGGUCAACUAUCAUGGAUGCUAUCGAAGCGGAACAAUUCUCAUUCUCUUUUGGUGAUCGCAAUUCAUCUGCUCUUCGCUUUUCUGUCCUGGUGAACCCGCUAGGCAAGUCAGUACAGCAAUGGAGCGGGGUCCUUUCAAUGUUGGCAACGCAACCAGAUGUUUACGUCCGCGUGAUCUUGAAUCCAAAGCAAAAUGUAACGGAAGUCCCUCUCAAACGAUACUACCGAGACAGUACGCCAAGUCAACUUCAAUUCAAUCCACAAGGCCAAGUCCUAUCUUCAUCACUAACGUUCAAUGACAUGCCAAAUGAAGCUGUCCUGACAAUGGGUCUAGAUGCACCACCUACCUGGCUCACUAUGCCUGUUGAUGCGAUCUACGAUCUAGACAACAUUCGAUUACGCGAUGCCGUCACGCCUACCGUUCGAGCGGUAUACGAAUUAAAGUAUGUCCUGAUAGAAGGUCAUGUUCGUGAUGACAAAAGCAAAAGCGUACCUCGUGGUCUGCAAUUAGUGCUAGAAUCUUUGGAUGGCACACAAACACUUGACACGAUUGUGAUGGCCAAUUUGGCAUACUUUCAAUUCCGUGCUGCUCCAGGCGUAUACCGUUUGCGAAUCCGUAAUGGUCGAAGUUCUGAGCUUUUUGAUAUGAUCAGUGUAGGAAAUGCAGGCUGGGAUAGUCCAACAGUUGAGGAAACGGGAGAUGAGAUCAUACUCAACACUUUUCAAGGCUUGACGAUUUUCCCAAGAAUGAGCAAGAAGAACGGCAAAGAGAAGGAGCAGCUGGUAGAAGACGGUGAAGCCUCAACACAGAACGGCGAUAGUAAAUCCGGAAUCUCUCCCGGAAGCAUCCUACAGCGAGCACAAAGCAUUUUCUCAUCUGCUUCAUCAAGUAUUACGGGAGGCUCAUCAGCCCAAGUGAAUGUUUUCACAGUCGCAAGCGGGCAUUUGUACGAAAGAAUGACGUACAUCAUGAUUCUGUCAACCUUGAAACAUACGAAAGCAUCGGUUAAAUUUUGGUUCAUUGAAAACUUCUUAUCUCCCUCUUUCAAAAGAUUCAUUCCACUCUUGGCAAAAGAGUACAAUUUCGACUACGAGCUUGUUACGUAUGCCUGGCCACACUGGUUACGUGGACAAAGUGAAAAGCAACGUUCGAUUUGGGGUAUGAAGGUACUCUUCUUGGAUGUAUUGUUCCCGUUGGAUCUUCAAAAGGUCAUCUUUGUUGAUGCCGAUCAAAUCGUUCGUGCUGAUUUAUUGGAGCUUGUCGAAACCGAUCUGCAUGGCGCUCCUUAUGGUUUCCCGCCAAUGGGUAAUGAUUCGAUCGAUAUGGACAAUUUCCGAUUUUGGGAAACGGGAUAUUGGGAAAAGUUCUUGCGCGGAAAACCUUAUCCGAUCUCUGCUUUAUUCGUCGUUGAUUUGAACAGAUUCAGAUUAGUGGCAGCUGGUGAUAAAUUACGCGGACAUUAUCAAGCCUUGAGUGCAGAUCCAAAUUCAUUAAGUAACUUAGAUCAAGAUCUGGUGGCGAGCAUGAUUCACAACGUUCCAAUCUUUUCGUUGGACAAAGAAUGGCUUUGGUGUGAAACUUGGUGUAGUCGGUCAUGGUAUGAUGAUGCAAAGAGUAUUGAUCUCUGUAGUAAUCCAAAAACACAUGAACCCAAACUUGAUCGUGCUCGAAGACAGAUACCAGAAUGGACUCCUUUGGACGAAGAAGUUGCCGAAGUGGCUAGAAAGUUGGAAAAAGAAGGAAGAUUGGAUGCAAAUGUGGUAGCAACAACUUCAGCAAUAGAC